AUGGCCGCAAAACAGAACAAUCUUCAUGCCAUCAUCAUCCCUCUACCGUACCAAGGCCACAUCAACCCACUAGUGAAUCUUGCUCUUAAAAUUGCCUCAAAGGGCAUAAAAGUCACAUUUGUACAUCUUGAGUUCGUUCACCUCAAGCUAUCCAAGGCCCACCACAACAACACCAGCGGCGUCGACUUGUUCUCCGAGGCCCGGAGUUCGGGCCUCGACAUAAGUUACACGACGAUCGGUGAUGGGUUUCCUCUCGAGUUCGACCGGGACCUCAACUUCUCCACGUACUGGAACUUCCUCGUUCGUGAUUUCCCGGCCCAUGUAGAUGAAUUUGUCGGGAAUUUGAUUAAAUCCGAUCCGGGCUCCGCCCAUUUCUUGGUGGCCGACCCGAUAUCCUCGUGGCCUGCGGCCGUUGCGGAGAAAUACAAUCUGGUGUAUGUUGGUAUGUGGACACAAGCGGCUUUUGUGUUUUGCUUGGCGUACCAUUGGGAGCUUCUUAGAGAAAAGGGCCAUCUCACAUGCAAAGACAACGAGGACUUGGAGAUAGACUACAUUCCCGGCGUCCCGUCCAUCAACACAAAGGACCUGAUGAAAUAUCUCGACCCGGAAAACGUGGUGUCCGAGGGCAUGUCGAUCGGACUAAACGACGCCCGAAAGGCCGAUUUCAUCCUCCACAACACGGUCGAGGAGCUCGAGCCCCACGCUCUCUCGACCCUCAACCGACUCUACCAGCCGAGCUACACGGUGGGGCCCACCCCAUUCUACCACAACCUCUCCACGUUCUCCGUCCCCAAGAGCUUCUGGUUCGAAUCCGACUGCGCGGGCUGGCUCGGCUCCCGGCCCGCGGGCUCUGUCUUAUACGUCUCUUUCGGAAGCAUCGUUCGGGCUAGCGAUUACUUGAUCCGGGAGGUGGCCCACGGGCUCCUACAUAGCGGUGUGAGCUUCAUAUGGGUCGUUCGGGACGACGACUCGAUUAAUAGUGUUUUGCCUGUCGGGUUCGAAGACAAGAUUAAAAAUAAAGCAUUGGUCGUGCCUUGGUGUGAUCAAAUAAGGGUUUUGUCGAGCCCGGCAGUCGGGGGUUUUCUCACGCACUGCGGGUGGAACUCGACGCUCGAGAGCAUGUGGUGUGGGGUCCCGAUGAUAUGUUGCCCGUUGGAGUUUGACCAACCGACCGUCACGAAGCUUGUGGUCGACGAUUGGGGGUUAGGGAUUAGGCUUAGCGAGCGCGGGAGGAAGGUCGAUAGGCACGAGAUUGGGGAGAUGAUUAAGGGUUUUAUGUGUGGGUCCGUCGGGAAGGGGAUUAGGGAAGAGGUUGGAAAAUUGAAGGGGUUGUUUAGGAGGGCGUUGGAAGUUGGCGGGUCGUCGGAGAGGAAUUUUGAGCGGUUUGUGGAUGAUUUGAAGGAAAAGGUUGUGGCUCGGGCGGGCAAUUAG